CAGGAUGGAAGAAACAGGUCUUGCAAGAAGCUCCAAGAUGCUGUACUUCUUCCUGCCUAGCCUCUUCUUUUUUCUUCUCCUCCAAUCUGCUUCAGGACGGGAGCUGAAAUUUGUACUUGCACUUUAUCGACAUGGUGACCGAAGUCCUGUUGAAAAUUAUCCCACCAGCCUACACCGCGAAAGUGAAUGGCCACAAGGAUUCGGGCAGCUGACUAAGAUUGGGAUUCAGCAGCAGUAUGAACUUGGACAGUACAUCAAGAAGAGAUACUCAAAUUUUCUAUGUCCUGCAUAUAGACGAGAAGAGAUUUUAGUCCAGAGCUCAGAAAUUGACCGAACCAUUAUGAGUGCCCAAGCAAAUCUUGCUGGCCUGUUCCCCCCGACUGGUGAUCAAGUCUGGAAUCCUAAACUCCUUUGGCAACCUAUCCCAGUACAUGUCGUACCAAGGACAUACAAUCCGAAACUGCGUUUUCCAUAUUUUGACUGUCCACGCUACAAGGAACUUUUGGAAGAAACAAUGUCAUCAAGAGAAUACCAGGCCAAAAUUGAAUCAUACAAGGAAUUUAUUGAGACAAUAGCUUCUUAUUCAGGAUAUGACGCUUCCUCUCUCAGGAAGACAGACAAUUUCAAAAUCUGGCAUGUACAGGAUACUUUAUUGUGUGAGUCCAUUCACAAUUAUAGCCUCCCUGAGUGGGCUACUGAAGAAGUUAUGGGCAAGCUGAAUGAGCUAACAGUGUUGUCUUUAUCAUCACUAUUUGGCAUUUAUAAAAGAGAAGAGAAGGCACGACUGCAAGGAGGUCUCCUUCUAAAAACUAUUCUGGAAAAUAUGUCAAAGGCUGCUACACUUCAAGAGAAGAGAAAAAUGCUAAUCUAUUCUGCACAUGACACUACACUUGGUGCCCUGCAGAUGGCGCUCAAUGUUUACAAUGAAAGACUGUUUCCCUAUGCAGCUUGCCAGUUUUUUGAACUGUAUCAAGAAAAAAAUGGAGAGCACACCAUUGAAAUGCAUUUUCGGAAUGACACCAUGAGAGAUCCUUUUCUUCUCACCUUGCCAGGCUGCUCCUCUGCAUGCCCACUAUCAACAUUUGAGAAACUGGUUUCUCCCAUCCUAGUGGAAGACUGGUCCAAAGAAUGUAAACAGACAAAAAGAGAAGCAAAAUAUUCUCAAACUACCAUGACCCCAGAACCCAGCCAUGACCCAGAUCUGAAGCCACAGGCUGAUGCGCCAGUGGUGCCAAGUCUGGAAGCCGUUGGUGCAACAGAGACCCUUAAGCCUGAAUUAUCCAAGAUGCCCCAAACCAAGACCCCUGAGUCAAAGACCCCUCAUCCCAAAUCAGUGACUGUGGUUCCUGAGCCAGCAUACCUAGCUCCAAGGGCCUCACAACCCACCAGGCCUUUGCGCCAACGCAGAGAUCACAUCUGGCCCAAGUUCUCGGAGAGACAAAGGAGUGCCAAGGUGCAUAUCUGAGGCCUGCCCACCUAAGUCUUUCCACUUAUGUUGAAGUGGGCGGAGGCUGAAGGGCUGGUUUGGGUGUUAAGGAACAAAGGGCUUCAGUCCGGUCCCUAAGCUGUUGGAGCCAAUUACUCCCUAUUAACUUGCCUUGUGUGUGGCAUUGUAUUGAAGCUAACUGAAAUUCAAUAUGAUCUCUGACCAGGUAUCUCUAAAAUGAAGAUAGGAUGAAUAAUAAAGCACAAGCACUCUGUGACAAGUUAACACAUGUUGACAGUUAACCUUGCUUUAAAAAUAAAAGUCCAAUGCAGUAAGA